AUGACAGAGAGUUUAUUGGAUUUCAGCAAAGAGCUUGAUGUGGGUCUGCUCGACCAAGUAGUGAUGACCUUCUUUACAGGUUCCGGCAAUGAUCAACAAAUGGCUCAGCAGGUAUUGACUCAAUUUCAAGACCAUGAAGAAGCAUGGACUCGCGCCGAUGCUAUCCUAGAGAAAUCAACCGUACCUCAGACAAAAUUUAUAGCUUUGCAAAUCAUGGACAAGUUUAUUCAGACGAGAUGGAACACCUUACAGUCAGAUGGCAGAGAUGCUAUUCGGAAUUUCAUCGUCAAUGUCAUUGUCAAAGUAUCCUCUGGUGAAGCAACGCUACGAAAAGAACGCACAUACAUUAACAAACUCAAUAUGGUGCUUGUCCAAAUAUUGAAGCAGGACUGGCCUCGUAAAUGGCCUUCUUUCAUUCCAGAAAUCGUUGCAUCUAGCAAAUCAAAUUUGACAUUAUGCGAAAACAACAUGGCUAUUCUAAAGCUGCUCAGUGAGGAAAUCUUUGACUAUUCAGCAGAACAGAUGACACAAUUGAAGACAAGCAAUUUGCGGCAGUCGAUCUGCAAUGAGUUUUCAGAAAUCUUCAAAUUAUGCAAAGAGAUUCUCGAAAAAGCGACCAAACCAAGUCUCAUCAAAGCAACACUGGACACACUUUUACGAUUUCUCAGCUGGAUCCCUAUCGGCUACAUAUUUGAAACUGAUUUGCUGACCCUCUUGGAGAAGUUUUUCGAAAUACAAGAUUACCGCAAUUGCACACUGAAAUGCUUGACAGAAAUCGGAAGUCUCGCCGUAGACAGUAAUGAUCAUAGCCACAAGAUUAUCAACUUGUUUACGCGAGUCAUGUCUGCAGUCUACACCAUGAUUCCGCCCAAUACAGAUAUCGCCGCUGUGUAUGAAGACAGUACUGAUGCGGAUCAAGAGUUUGUUCAGAAUCUAGCAUUGUUCCUGACGACUUUUCUGGCUGCUCAUUUGAAAAUCUUGGAACAAGCGCCUGAUAAUGAAUCAAGAGAAGCUCUACUCAAUGCCCACUUUUAUCUCAUCAAGAUAUCUCGUGUGGAAGACCGUGAAAUCUUCAAAAUCUGCCUGGAAUACUGGGCCAAACUUGUGCAAGAAUUGUUUGAAGAAGGGUUUAUGCCACAAGGAUACCAAGUGUCUUCGUGGAAUCAAGAGGCUGUCCAGCUGAGACACAUGAUCUACAAUCAAGUACUAUCUAGCUUACGUGUGGUCAUGAUUGAAAGAAUGGUCAAGCCAGAAGAAGUCCUGAUUGUCGAAAACGAUGAAGGCGAAAUUGUGCGAGAGUUUGUCAAGGAAAGCGACACCAUUGUCCUGUACAAGAGUAUGAAAGAAGUGUUGGUCUAUUUAACCAACUUGGGCGUUGUGGACACUGAAGAAAUUAUGACGCUGAAGCUGCAACGUCAAAUGGAUGGCACAGAGUGGUCCUGGCAGAACCUGAAUCAGCUGUGCUGGGCCAUUGGGUCCAUUUCUGGCGCCAUGACUGAGGAGAUUGAGAAGCGAUUCCUGGUCAAUGUCAUCCGAGACUUGCUGAGCCUGUGUGAAAUGAAGCGCGGCAAGGACAACAAAGCGGUGGUUGCCUCCAACAUCAUGUAUACUGUUGGCCAAUACCCUCGUUUCUUGAAAGCUCACUGGAAAUUCCUCAAGACGGUCAUCUAUAAGCUCUUUGAAUUUAUGCACGAGUCGCACGAAGGUGUACAAGACAUGGCCUGCGACACGUUUAUCAAAAUAUCUCGAGAAUGCAAACGCCAUUUUGUAGCUCGUAGAAGUGGAGAAGAGCGUCCAUUUAUUAUUGAAAUCAUUGAGGAUAUCUCUCGCAUCACAUCUGAUUUAUCUCCUCAGCAAAUUCACACCUUUUAUGAGGCAGUGGGUUACAUGAUUCUGGCCGAGACGGAUAAAACCAAGCAAGAGCAACUGAUACGUAUGUUUAUGCAUAUGCCGAAUAGUGCUUGGGACCAGAUCAUGGACAAUUGCAAACAAAGCACGGAUGUCUUGAACAAUGCCAGCCAAGUAAAAGUGCUAUCACAUGUGCUCAAGACCAAUGUGUCUGCGUGUACCUCAAUAGGACAUGGAUUUAUUAGUCAACUAGGCAGAAUCUACUCUGAUCUAUUGACCUUGUAUCGUGCCGUUGGCGUCAUUGUGUCACAGUCAGUUACUGAACAAGGUGCGGUUGCUGUGAAGACGCCUAAAGUGCGCGGAUUAAGAAGCAUCAAGAAGGAUAUUCUCAGGUUGAUUGACACAUUUAUCCAGCGUGCCAAUGAUUUAACCUUUGUCGAUGAGCAUAUGGUGAGUCCCUUUCUGCAUGCAGUGCUAUCCGAUUACAAAGAUAGUGUUGAUAUUGCUCGAGAUGCAGAAGUGCUGGAUGCAUUAGCCACCAUGGUCAAGAAACUAGGGUCCUUGAUGACACCACGUAUCCUGCUCGUGUUUGAAGCUACGUUUGAGCCCACUCUGAACAUGAUCACGAAGGAUUUCACAGAGUUUCCAGAGAACCGAACUGGAUUCUACAACCUGCUGAGAGCCAUCAAUGCCAAGUGCUUUCCAGCUCUACUGGAGCUCUCGCCUGACCAGUUUAAGCUGUUCAUUGAUAGUAUUGUGUGGGGGUUCAAGCACACAAUGCGUGACAUAGCAGAUGUCAGCUUGGCAACAUGCGAAGAACUACUGCUGAACAUUAGGCAGACCGAUGUUGCUAUAGCUGGGGCGUUCUACCAAUCCUACUAUUUGAGUAUAUUGCAGGACAUCUUUUUUGUACUGACAGAUCGAGAUCACAAGAGCGGCUUCAAAGGACAGACAGAAGUCUUGGCACAGUUAUUCAAUCUCGUUACUAGCAAUCAAAUCAAAGUACCGUUGUAUAAUCCCACUCAAGUGAGUGAUCCCAACAUGACAAAUGCUCAGUUCCUGGUGCAAUAUGUAUCAGCCCUGCUCCAAAAUGCAUUCCCUCAUCUGCAAAGUAAUCAAAUCAAGAUCUUUGUCAUGGCACUGAUGGAAUACAACACGAUGCCGCCUAAACUCAAGUUGGAGGUUCGCGAUUUCCUCAUUCAGCUCAAGGAGUUUGCAGGCGAAAACAGCGAGCUGUAUCUGGAAGAAAAAGAGGCGCAGAUGGAAGAAAAGAGGAGACAAGAAAGAGAAAAGGCAUUGCUCAUUCCUGGUAUGGUUAAGCCCUCUGAAUUGCCUGUCAUGGAAGAAGAUGAGGCACUGUAA